AAAGCUGCAGGCUUUCCGUUCUCCUGCUUGUUAUUAACUGUUUUGCUCCGGCCGGUAACCACCGGGUCCGUGUCGGCCACUGAGCCGGCCGGAGGUGAGCCGUGAAGCGGCCGGAGAUGAGCCGCUUCCCGCUCCUCUCUAACCGGUCCCAGACUCAUAAUUUACUCGGUUAACUUUAAUUUUUGCGCAAUUGCUUUCUUCCGUUUUCCAUGUCAUUUCCUGUGAUAAAAAAUGGUGGCCACAGCUCGGGGAGGCGACUAAGUCAGUGCAAAAAAAAAAAAAAAAAAAAAAAAAAAUCACACCAAACUUUCCAUCGGCGAGCAGCCGCGGAACCAGCAACCGGGGGUCGGUGCUCUGCGGCCGGAGGGAGGGGGAAGGAGCGCCAAGCUUUGCCCGGAAAGACGUUCCAUGUCCUUGCUGCGUCUCCGUACAAGGUGGGUCUCUGUCGGUGGCCACCAUGGCCAGUGAAAAUGGCUUCCGAAAACAGAAGGCAGCUUGCCAAUUGCCUGCAGAUGAAGGCAGAGCAGAGAAAGCGUGGCGCAGAUCUCAGUGCGGCCGCUAACGCUCCAAUAAUCCGCUAAUUUCCGACUCAGACAGAAGAGUAACGACGCGGAAAGUUGAAGGCAACUUUUAGUUUUUAAGUGUUUUGUGGUUGCUGGUGUCUGGCUGAUAGGAGCGUCUGCAGAGCACAGUUCAGGUCCAGAUGGAUGCAGGACACAGAUCCUGUCCUGAGGCUUGUGAAGAGGACAAUGAGCUGGAUUUCUACCAACAUGGUUCCACCAUGAACAAGCACUUGUUGGACCUCUGGUUCUGUGAGGAGUGUCAGGACUAUUUCCAGAAGAACUGUCCAUCCCACGGACCCCCACUCUUUGUUCCUGAUACGCCCGUAGCCCUGGGAACAUCCAACCGGGCGGCACUUACGAUCCCAUCUGGCCUAGAAGUCUUCAGGGAAGGAGACAAGGUGGAUGUUCGCUGUGUGAACGCAAUCUUCCCAAAGGGGGUGGUGUUCGGUCCAUAUGAGGGAGAGCUGGUGUCCAAAGACAAAUCCUCUGGCUUCUUCUCCUGGAUCAUUGUUGGUUUGAACAGCACAUAUCAGUCCAUUGAUGGAAGCGAUGAAACCAAAGCCAACUGGAUGAGAUUCGUCCGGACCUCGUCAGAGAAGAGCGACAGGAACCUGACAGCAUUCCAACACAGUGAAAAUAUCUACUUCAGAGUGUGCAGGAAGCUGGUGGCCAGAGAAAGGCUGAGGGUUUGGUAUAGCGACGACUAUAUCCAGCGACUUCAGUGUGUCUCUCAGGACAGCAUCGAUCGCAACCUGGACACAGAUCCCAGGAAGCCGGCAACGCUGCCAAAACUCCAGAAAGACUUUAAAUCGCCCUGCCUGCAGUCAUCUCUGCAGGGCGAAAUCUGCUCCAGCAUACAGCCUUGCGAGGAGUCAGAUGGCCAACCUCCUGCCAAGAGGAAGAGGAUCAACCUUAUCUUCAAAGAUGUCUUAGAAGCUUCCCUGGAGGACUCCAGCAAUUCCAGGUCCCAGUCUCACCUCCUUGCUGAGGGUAAGGGACCCGUUCUCCAGCUGGGCUUCGAUUCAUCUCAUAGCAGCUUCAGCGUUCCUAACCUGAAGGUGGAGGAGAAGGAGCAGGAGAACCAGAGCAGCCCGGAGGCCUCCACCUCCUUCUGUCCCAACUGUGUCAAACUGAAGAGGAGGAUCCUGGAGCUGGAGGAGGAACUGUCCCGUCUUAGAGGAAAACAAGGGGACGCGGUCAGUCCUCCAAUGUCAGAACAGACACCUGAUCAGGCCCCACCACAUCCUGAACAGGGGCCCAUCGAGGAUCUUCGAGGGAUGGAGGCCUUGACGCCCAGCCAGGUGGUUCUAGAUGAAGAUGAGCAGGAUGUGGAUUCAGCUGAUGAGUCGAUCGCAGCAGAUCUCGUGAUUUCUCCAGAGGACUCAUCAAAGCUUUAUUCCGGAGGAAGCAGACGGAUUCGCCGCUUCAAGCAGGAGUGGCUGAAAAAGUUCUGGUUCCUCCGUUACUCACCGACCCUGAAUGAGAUGUGGUGCCACGUCUGCCGCCAGUAUACUGUCCAGUCAUCCCGCACCUCUGCCUUCAUCAUCGGCUCCAAGCAGUUUAAGAUCCACACCAUCAAGCUUCACAGUCAGAGCAACCUCCACAAGAAGUGUCUGCAGCUGUAUAAGCUGCGCAUGCAUCCGGAAAAGACGGCGGAGAUGUGCAGGAACAUGAUGCUGCUGUUCAAUGCUGCGUACCACUUGGCUCUGGAGGGGCGACCCUUCUCCGACCUCCGUCCGCUGGCAGAGCUGCUGAAGAAAUGUGAGCUCAAAGUGGUAGAUCAGUACAUGAAUGAAGGCGACUGUCAGAUCCUCAUCCACCACAUCGCCCGGGCUUUAAAGGAGGAUCUGUCUGAGAAGAUGCGCCUGUCACCCUUUUUGAGCAUCAUAAUGGAUGCGCAAAAUGAUGAUCUUUUCUCAGACAUGGUGGCAGUUUAUGUACAGUUCCUAAGCAAUGAGGGCUCUCCUUACACAGAGUUCCUGUCUUUGCAGAAACUGAACGUGUCCAGUGUAGACGGAUAUCUCCAGAUUAUGGAUUGUGCCUUCAGCGUCCUGGGCCUCAGGUUUCAAGACUUGCUGGUGGUGGGUCUUGGGGUGGAUGGCACAAACAUCUCUUCAGGGAUGAGAGCAAAUCUUUACCUGGCUGUCCAAAAGACCUUUCCGUGGAUCCUCUGCCUUCCUAUCAUGAUCCAUCGGCCUCAUUUGGAGGUGCUGGAUGCCAUCAGUGGGAAGGAGCUCUCCUGCCUUGAGGACCUGGAAAACAACCUCAAGCAGCUGCUCAGUUUCUACCGCUACUCUCCUCGCAUGAUGGCUGAGCUGCGAUCCACUGCUCCAACACUGUCAGAAGAGACUGAGUUCCUGGGAGACAUCAGAGCUGUACGAUGGAUCAUAGGAGAACCCAAUGUCCUCAAUGCUCUCAUCAAGGAUUAUCUGGAGGUUGUGGCACACCUGAAGGAGAUUAGCAGCCAGACACAAAGAGCUGACGCUGCAGCCAUCGCUCUCACUCUUCUUCAGUUCCUCACGGACUAUCAGUCAGUAAAACUCAUCUACUUCUUGCUGGACAUCAUAACUGUUCUCUCACGAUUAGCCCUCACCUUCCAGGGGGAGUACCUGCUGGUGUCACAGGUUGAAGCCAAGAUAGAAGAGGCCAUCCAGGAGAUUGGCCAGUUGGUGGACUGCCCUGGAGAAUAUCUGCAAGAGUUUGAGGAAAAUUUCAGAGAAAGUUUCAAUGGUGUUUCUUUGAAGAACUUGCGUGUUGCAGAGUCCAAGUUUCAGUCCAUCCGAGAAAAAAUCUGUAACAGGAGCCAAGGCAUCCUGUCUCAGAGGCUGGACCUGCAGAGCCGAUCCUUUGCAAAAGCCUGCAAGGUCCUGGACCUGUCCACCUGGCCUCACAACCACGAGGACCUGCAAGCCUAUGGGGAGGAGGAAAUCCAGAUCAUAUUCAACCACCUAGAGUCCAUUCCUUCUGCAGGUCAGGAGGCCCGUUCAGAGACAAGGAGAAGCCUGGUGGUGGAAUGGAAGGAUCUGAGAGCAGAAUACUACGGUAUGAACGGUUUUAAAGAAGUCAUCAGUCACAUCUCCAGGUGCAAGCAGCGCUUUCCACUGCUGAACCAAAUUGUGCAGGUCGUCAGGGUCCUGCCCAGCUACACGGCCUGCUGCGAUAAAGGUAGAGGGUCUCUGCAAAAGAUCCAUAAGAACAAUCGUUCUCGACUGACCCUAGAGCAGAUGAACGAUCUGCUGACUGUGGCGGUCAACGGGCCGCCCCUCGCCAACUUUGAUGGGAAGCGAGCGUUGGACAGCUGGUUCGAGGAGAAGUCCUGCAGCAGCUACUCGCUCUCAGCUGAGGUGUUAAACAGGAUGUCGGCCUCUGAUCAGAAGUCUGUCCUGAACAGUGUUGACAUCAAUACAGAGUUCUACCCCGAUGCCUGACAGACAAACCCACAAGUGUACUGUAGUACCAAAAUAAAACAGCACUUUCACACAGUGCGAUCCUCAACCAGUUUCAAAACCAAGAAUAGAAUUUAACAACAUCUUUAUACAAACACAGUCAGGACCCAGUAUGGAUCUAAAAUAGGAACAUAAGUUUGCAACUUGUGUAACAAUCAUAUUUAAACUGUAACAAAGACAGGUACAAAUCAAAUAAAUACAGAUUAAUUCUACAAGUCAGAAAAUACAAGUGUUUAUGAUUAGGGUCUAAUUGAUUAUGAAUUACAGGUCUUAUACAAGUUUUUUAUACUUCUGAUUUGCAUAAUUAAUCUAUACUUAUAGGUGUAAUUUGUACCUGUACUUGUUGUAACAGUUUAAAAUGUGAAGAUACAAUUAACAAAACUUACAUCCCUAUCCUUGUUCCAUGGUCUUAAGAUUUUUUUGUCAAAAUCAGAUGGAAAAUAUCGGCCUAUCAGACAAAAAUCCAGAAUCGUACAUCCUUUAUUUCCCGUUUUUGUCUCUCCUAAUAUAGAGAUAAGAAAUAAAACGACAUGUUAAUAACUGUAGUGGAACAUUCUAUGAAUCCAGCUGUUUGCCAGAGGCAUCGUAACUGGGAGUUCUGCUGUGCAGCACUGGCCAACAAUAGAUUUUGAGCUUUGUUCAGUUGGUUGGAUGGAUUAAAGAACAGGCCUAACUGGGACGAAGAGUCAGAGGUUUAAAAUCCCACAGGACGAAGACACAAACAGCGGCAAAGCAAGACAAGAUUACUAACUAAAGACUGAAAGAAAAGACGCACAAAACAGCCUUACAAAGACAACGAAUCUCACAAUGACUGAAUGCACACAGGAUAUGACAAUACAGAACACACAUGAAUGGAAAAUGUCGAAAGAGACCAAAAAUGACCAUAAAAAGAAACACACACAACAUAAUGUCUGCGCUGUCAUAGUCAUUGUUCCAUGUGUGCGCUCAGAUUUUCACUCUUUCUGUCCGUGCUCAGCUGGGCAUCAGGCUGGAAGCCUCCUGCUCGGGUUCACUGACCGGUAUUGUCAGGCUGAGCUGCACUUGUCAGAUUUAAUAGUAAAGCACUUGUUACCAGAAUAACAGACACUUACACAUUAGAAACAAUCAGUUAGUGUGGAACUAAAAGUCUGUGCAACUGAGCCACGCUCUGCUUUAGCUUAUUUACUCGCGGGAUUUAGUCACAGUGCCUGAGAGAAAUGAAAAUAUGUAUGAUUGUAUAGAGGCUUUAUAUUUCUAUUACAAAUGAAUUUGCCCUGCUUACACUGUAUACCCUGGAUUUACUGUACAUACUGUAAAUGCUUUUGUGCCUGUUAAUAAGGAACUAUUUUUAUCUUGAACUUGAUGAUUGUGCCAAAACGAUUGAAUGCAUGAAACAAAUGGAAAAGGUGCUACCUGUGAAAUGAUGUUGGAUUCUGCCAUAACUGUUUCGAUGUUUACAGCAGUUGAUGAUAUACGUAAAAAAUGGUCUUUUUCAAUAAUGAAUCAAUAUUACGUUUGGAUGUUUGGCAGGAUUACAGCACGAUCAAUUUAGCACAUUUUAAACAGUUUCAUGAUUAUUAUGAUUAUUAAAUCUGGUGUUUAAUGCAGAAAUGAAUGUAAGACGGGAAUACAAAAAGCUUAGCCUGAUCUCGUAAGGGUGAGCAGACCUCCGCUUUAGUUUUUACCAAAUGUUAUUGAUUUUUAUUUAAUUUUUUUCUUGAUAGAAAUAGGAAAUGCAUUCAUCCUCAAAAAGCAACUGUUUUCUAUCUCUUAAAUACGGACUUUCUGGACAAUGGCAGUCUUUACCACUUACUAUGAAGAACAGGAACAUCAUCAUCGAACAAAGACUCUUCUGAGAGACACAUCUGUACAAGCUGAAGUAGAGAUCAGUAGAUUUCAUUUCUUCUUUAAGAAAUUAGAUCUGUUGAUGAAAUGUGGUCUGACUUUUCUGAACAUUGAGCCUCAUCUCCUGCUAAAGGGAACUGACUGUAGCUGCUCACUGUUUUGUGGUUGAAAGUGGAGUUGUAGUUCAUUUCAGACAUCUUAGAAUAUGGUUUUCUUUCACAUACCUGACACAUAUGUUGAAAGGUGGCAGGUCUUAAUCUUUGGGGCUUUUUUAUGUUUGUGCAAGCUAACCUAGCCAUCUCUUCCCAUCUUCAAGCUCAUCUAAGACCCAGUUGCAUGAAAAAGAACAAAAAAAAAGGGUUUACAUAUCAGGAUGCAAUUAAGAAAUUAAUAAUCUGGUCCUUUACAGGUCAUGUAGUUAAAUAAAUAUAAUUUCAUAUGUCCAACAACCUGUGAUUAUUACACCAUGCCAUAAUCUAAUAAUUUUCUAUCCAUAGGAUUACGUAAAAUAGCUUCCCUGAUGUUUACUUCUAGAGCUAUGCUAACAUAGCCGUUUCUCCUUUUUCCUGAUGUUAUUUCCUGUCUUCAGGCUAAACUAGGCAAAACCAUUUCCAGUUACUAUGCUGACUUAAGUCAUUCUUGUCUUUAUGCUAAGCUCGGCUAACCAUUUUGAGUCUUUAUGCUAAGCUAGACUAGCUGAUUCUGGUCUUUAUGCUGAACUAUGCUGUUUCCUGUCUUUAUGCUAAGCUAAGAAGUCAUUUCUAGUGUUUAUGCCAAGUGAAACUAGUUGCUUCUAGGCCUUAUGCUAAAAUAAGCUGGCCUUUAUCCUACUACGCUAUCUGCAUGCCAUUUAGGUUUUAAACGGUUUACAAAUUUACAGUAGCCUCUGAAGUUUCUCUUGCAUGAUGUGGGGAGGUGCUAUGUAUUUAUUUUUUACAAUCUGCAGUAUUCCAGAGACAUGUCGCACCAUCUUACACUCUGCUCCUUUACCAAAUAGACAUGAGUCUUUGUUAAAAUCAAAUCAUUUUUUGGAGGAAGCUACAAGUUAGAUCUUGUCUAUCUAAUCAUUUUCCUUUGAUAUGAGCUGUGGACUUAGCUUUCCUAUUGAGCAUGUAAGCAUUGUUGCAUGUAUUGUGUUAGAGCAUGACCCCCCCCUUUAUGUAAAUUCACCCUGAUAAGUGUUUCACACAGAGAAUUAUAGCUUCAAAACACUUUUCAGUUGUAACUGCUGCAGUUUUUCCAAAUAUAUUUGACUGAUGAAUGAUGAUGUUUUGUCAAUAUUUAAUUUUUUUUGCUUUAUUUCAUACUUGAACCUCUAGUCACAUGACUGAUUUCAAUCUGACUCCAACGCUGGCUUUUAGUCUUUUAUAUCUGAUGUUUGAUCUUUUGUUCCAUUAAACAAUUUUGUGCUCACUUGAUUUAUAAUUCUAAGUUUUAAAUUUUAUUAAUUUGCUUUCAUGAAUAAAAUAAAGGGUCUCUGACCAGAAAGUG